GGGAAGAAAAAGCACCGAAACCUCGAGGAGAUGUUUUGUAAACUCUCGAUCUUCAUCACAGCCAACGAAAGUCGCAAUUUUCAUCCUCAAGCACCCUCAGCACGUAUCGCGCUAUCGGUUAUUUUUUAACACCCCGCGAGUCUCCCCGGAUUCAGCGCUACUGCAGGACACCAACACCAUCCUUGGUCCGCCCUGGCAACUGCAACCCAGACACCCCCCCUUUGCAGUGUAAACAUUGGCCGAUCCCUGCUCCCUUGUCACCAAAAGCAUCUGAACGUGGAAGUCGUGCCGUGCCGUAGGGCGUAACCUUUCCCUUACACGGCAGUCACACAACUUACAGCUACUACCACAGCAGCAGCACCACUACCUACCUGGACCUCACCUGCCCGCCUUUGUCAGUGUGGGCAUCCAGGUUGGUGGUAUUCAAUAACCAUCACCCCUGCCCAGCUCCCGCCCUCCUACCAUUGGACUCGACCAUUCGUGGAUCGCAUCUUACAUGUUCAACCUUCUUCGACUGCGCUUUCGCAACACCAUUGUUGAUAUCGAGGAUACUUUAUACGAAUUAUCUUUGGAGCCGCGCCUGAUGCCGAACUCUCUGGACGUCCGCCAGCGGCAGACCCGUGACAAUGUCUCGACCCCAACUCUACGACCUCGAGAUGGAACAGUUAUGCCUUUCGUCCCCAAGGACCCCGGAGCAAAUGUCCGGGUGGUGGUGAGAGUUCGGGCAUUUUUGCCUCGGGAACUCGAGCGCAAUGCUAAAUGCAUUGUCGAGAUGGACCCGGCAACAGAACGGACAACCCUUCUGGUUCCUCAAGAGACAGACCUCGCUAAUUCUCGAGGUGCCCGGUCUCGUAGGGUACUGGAGGAGAAGUCGUUUACCUUUGACAAGAGCUUCUGGAGUCACAAUACAGCAGACGAGCACUAUGCGACCCAAGAACACGUCUAUGACAGCUUAGGCGAGGAGUUCCUCGACCACAACUUCGAAGGGUACCACACAUGUAUCUUUGCCUACGGUCAGACUGGCUCGGGAAAGUCUUACACCAUGAUGGGGACGCCUGAUCAACCCGGACUUAUCCCCAGGACUUGUGAAGAUCUGUUCCAGCGCAUUGCUUCCGCCCAAGACGAGACACCAAAUAUCAGCUAUAAUGUCAAAGUCAGCUAUUUCGAAGUUUACAAUGAACAUGUGCGAGACCUUCUCGCCCCCGUCGUGCCUAACAAGCCGCCAUACUACCUCAAGGUCCGCGAAUCUCCUACCGAGGGACCUUACGUUAAAGACCUCACCGAGGUUCCCGUGCGAGGUCUCGAAGAGAUCAUCAGGUGGAUGCGUAUUGGCGAUAGAAGCCGCACAGUAGCCAGCACCAAGAUGAACGACACCAGUAGUCGCAGCCACGCCGUGUUCACUAUUAUGCUGAAGCAGAUCCACCACGACCUGGAGGCAGAUGAGACCACAGAACGCAGCAGUCGUAUCCGCCUUGUCGAUCUGGCUGGUAGCGAGCGAGCAAAGUCCACCGAGGCCACAGGCCAACGCCUCCGUGAAGGGAGCAAUAUCAACAAGUCCUUGACCACUCUCGGCCGUGUCAUCGCCGCACUCGCCGAUCCGAAAUCAAGCCGCCCUUCUUCUCCUGUAAAACCCGGAAGAGGACGAGCACCAGGGCCAGCCAACUCAGUCGUCCCCUACCGUGACAGCGUCCUCACCUGGCUCCUCAAGGAUUCCCUCGGCGGCAAUUCCAAAACCGCCAUGAUAGCUUGCAUCUCGCCCACCGACUACGACGAGACUCUCUCGACGCUCCGCUACGCCGACCAAGCCAAGCGCAUCCGCACCCGUGCCGUGGUCAACCAAGUCGAUGGCGUCAGCGCUGCCGAGCGCGACGCCCAGAUUGCCGCCAUGGCCGCCGAGAUUCGCCAGCUACAGCUGGUCGUGAGCGACAGCCAGACCCGUGAGAAGAGCGCCCUCGACGCCGAACAGCAGCUCGAGGAAUACCAAGCGCGCGUCCGAGGCCUGCAGCAGCUGAUGGAGGAGAAGAGCCUGGUAGCCGAGGGCAAGAUCCGCUCGUUGCAGACAGAAAACGAAGCGCUACGGUUACAUCUCAAGCUGGCUCUCGAGAGUCUUCGAAACCCUAUCAAGGUGUCUUCGUUUCCCACCACUUCGCUGGCUAUGUCAGCGGAGGACUCGACCAUGCCUCUGGUGGCCAUGGGAGAGGUUAGUACCGCCCGCGGCCGAAAGACGGAAAACAACGUGGCAGAGGACCCCUUCGUCGACAGCGGAAGUGGCAUCACUAGUGAUGAUGAUCAAGGCCUCAUUUAUGAACAUGAUGAUGAUUAUGACACUUACGAAGAAGAAGACGAGGAGGAGGAAGGAGUUAUUGAUCUUAGCGAAAAGGCUCAUGACAUGGACGAGUAUAUGAGUGGCUUGCUCAAGGAUUUGAGCAUGUUUAGACGCAAGAUCGGGGAUGAUAAGACGAGGUUUCUGGAUGAGUUGGGCGUCAGGAAACCGCUCGGGGUGAGGACUAAUAUCAUAUGAUGAUGGAAGUUUUUGUGGUCUGGGACUCUGUGUGUUUUAAGCAGACGGAUGGAUGGGACAAGGCAAGCAAGCAAGCAUGGAGUUUACGGACGGCGUUUCACAAACGGAUAUGUGUGAUUCAACGAGUUUGGUGUUGGUGGGAUGGAUCACUGGACUUGGGAAAUGAAAAGGCUUCGCAAGGCAAAGGCAAAGGAAAGGAAAGCAGGUAAAAGCCAUGGCAAGGACUGGAGUCUGGUUGGGACAAGGCGCGGCGCGGUACGGCAUUUGCUUUUUACUUACGUUUUCUUUCUCUGAACAUUGUCUUACUAUUGCCCGGAGUCAUGUACAGCUCUCGUUAGGCGUGGUUUAGUUUUGCUUUGCAAUAUCUGUACUUUUAGAAGUUCUAUUCCCGUAUGUUGCUUUUACUGGUUCAGGACGAUGCAAUGCAUAGCAUAGGAUAGCAUAGUCUUCCGAG